AUCCUCGACUCUGGUUGGCGUAUCUGGUUCCGCCCCCGGUCGCCAUGUAUCGCUCCGCUCGGGAACUGCAGCGCUUCAGCGCGGAUCUGUCGAAGCUCUGCGCCGCUCAGAGAUCCAUCACCGCCCGGAACAUCCGCCCAGCGCCGGGGCUCCUGCACAGCCCGCUCAGAAUGGCCAGUUCAGAGUCCUUCAGGAUUGAGAAGGACACGUUUGGAGAACUCAAAGUUCCUUCUGAUAAAUAUUAUGGAGCUCAAACUGUCAGAUCAACCAUGAACUUCAAGAUCGGAGGAGUGACGGAGAGAAUGCCAAUCCAGGUGAUCAAAGCCUUCGGGAUUCUGAAGAAAGCCGCUGCAGAAGUGAACAAAGAUUACGGUUUGGACCCAAAGAUCGCAGACGCCAUCAUGAGAGCCGCUGAUGAGGUGGCUGCUGGGAAGCUGGAUGAUCAUUUCCCUCUGGUGGUUUGGCAAACGGGAUCCGGAACUCAGACGAACAUGAAUGUCAAUGAGGUCAUCAGUAACAGAGCCAUCGAGAUGCUGGGAGGAAAACUGGGCAGCAAAGACCCCGUCCAUCCUAAUGACCACGUCAACAAGAGCCAGAGCUCCAACGACACGUUCCCCACAGCCAUGCACAUCGCCGCGGCUAAAGAGGUCCACGAGGUUCUUCUGCCAGGUCUUCAGACGCUCCACGACGCUCUCGCUGCCAAAGCGCUCCAGUUCAACGACAUCAUCAAGAUCGGCCGCACGCACACGCAGGACGCCGUGCCGCUGUCUCUCGGACAGGAGUUCGGCGGUUACGUGCAGCAGGUGAAGUACAGCAUCGCGCGGGUCAAGGCGGCCAUGCCUCGUGUGUAUGAGCUGGCGGCCGGCGGCACUGCGGUGGGAACCGGACUGAACACACGCAUCGGCUUCGCUGAGAAAGUGGCGGAUAAAGUGUCUGCGCUCACAGGUCUGCCGUUCGUGACGGCGCCCAAUAAGUUCGAGGCUCUGGCGGCCCAUGAUGCACUGGUGGAGUUGAGCGGCGCUCUGAACACGGUGGCCGUGAGCAUGAUGAAGAUCGCCAACGACAUCCGCUUCUUGGGAUCUGGACCUCGGUCGGGUCUCGGCGAGCUCGUCCUGCCGGAGAACGAGCCCGGCUCCAGUAUCAUGCCAGGUAAGGUGAACCCCACCCAGUGCGAGGCCAUGACGAUGGUAGCAGCUCAGGUGAUUGGAAACCAUGUGGCCGUUACUGUAGGAGGAAGUAACGGACACUUUGAGCUCAACGUCUUCAAGCCAAUGAUCAUUAAGAAUGUCCUGAACUCGGCCAGACUGCUGGGCGACGCUUCGGUUUCCUUCACCAAUAACUGUGUGGUUGGAAUCGAGGCGAACACCGAGAGAAUCAACAAACUGAUGAACGAGUCUCUGAUGCUGGUCACGGCUCUGAAUCCUCACAUCGGUUACGAUAAAGCCGCCACUAUAGCGAAGACGGCGCACAAGGAGGGAUCGACUCUGAAAGCGACGGCCGUCAAGCUGGGCUUCCUGACGGAGGAGCAGUUCGAUCAGUGGGUGCGUCCGCAGGACAUGCUGGGACCCAAAUAGAGCGAGAUAAAGGUGGUCUUCACACAAUAAAACACUCGUUUUGAUCCGUUGAGUCUUUGCCAAAUGAUGUCAGUGACGCCGAGAGCUUCGUGUGUUCAGACGCUGCUGUGAUGGACAUGAGAUCGUCAAACCCGCCUUAAUGGAUCUAAAACUACCCUUAUUAUUAUUGUGAUAAAAAUCCUUUAUUCUUUUGGUUUUGGGGUUAAAGCAGCUUCAGUGACUGAAUGAAGCAUCAGUUAUUCACUCGUGUCUGUAAACAGAUUCUCUCUGUGUUUCAGCAUAUAUUUAGUUUCACAGCAUCUGUUUUCUGUACAGUUUUGUGUUUCUCUUCAUCUCACUGAAAUAAAGCCUGAAAUCCUGCAGACUCUUCA